AUGGGUAGCUGUUCUGAAGAGGUAGUCAAGUUCAAGAAGAUUCUGAUGAAAGAAUUUGAAUUAACUGGCCUAGGAAAGUUGGUAUACAUUCUAAGGAUGGAGGUAUUGUACUCUGAGAAGGGUAUAAUUUUGCAUCAGCUAAAGUAUGAACUUGAGCUUUUGAAGAGAUUUAAGCUGCAGAAUUGUAAGGCUGCUGUCACACCUUCAGACACCAAUCAUAAAUUGGAUUCUGAUUCUGAGGGUGAGGAUGUGAAUGCUACAACCUUCAAACAGUUGGUUGGUUCUCUGAGGUAUAUCAAGGGAACUCUGAAGUUUGGAGUACUAUUCCCUUGUGGAGGAAUGACAGAUUCGGAGUUGAUGAGUUACUUUGGUUCUGAUUGGUGGGGAGAUAGAGUUGAUAGAAGAAGUACUUCUGGAUACUUGUUUAAGUUUCUGGGAGGUCAUAUUUCUUGGUAUUUCAAGAAGCAGCAUGUUGUUGCACUAUCAACGUGUGAAGCCGAGUACAUUGCAGGUGUUGUAGCUGCAUGUCAAGUUGUUUGGCUUCUGAACCUACUGUAG